AUGUUGAUCGGAAUCGUCACCAUGCACUCGCCCAACAUCAUGUCCUACGCCAAUGCGACGGAAGUCGCCAACCGCCGCUACGCGGAGCGGCACGCCUAUGGCUUUCAUAUCCUGGACCACCCAAUCGACACCUCCAGAGUCCCUCAUUGGGCCAAGCUCCACGCCGUGUUGAUACACCUGGCAGACUACGAUUACGUCUUUUGGAUCGAUGCAGAUGCCAUGUUCUAUGACUACCUGCGGCGACUGGAAGAUGUUUUAGAGAUCCGUUCCGGCGAUGAGAUCUGGAUCCAGGAGCACGGCUCCGACUUCCCCUCGCUGCUGCGGAAGGAGUUUCUGGAUGGCAGCUGCAUCCUCUUCAAGAACUCGGCCUGGACGCGGCAGUUCAUACUCGAGCUCUACUAUUACCCCCCGUGCCAAAGUGCACUGAACUGGACAGAGCAGUACUGCCUUUGCAUGGCCUAUGAGGACGACCUGCUGGGCAUGCGGGGGCGGACAAAGAUUCUGCCCGCGGGGCGUUUGAACCACCACCGCAUCCCUGCGCCCGGAGAGAAGGAGGGCUUGUUUAUUUUCCAUCUUUCUGGGCAGACGGCGGAGCACCGCUCGCUUCAUUUCAACCAAAUCCUGGAGGGACGUGCCAGGGACUUCCAAGAGGAGGAGCGGUACCAGAGCUUUUGGAGCUUCCAGCAGCUCUUCCAGGCGCACAACUUUGGGGAGCUUGCCUCCCUGCACCUGUGCGUUCUGGGCAUUGGGGACCGGCACCAGGCGAUGCUUGAUGCCAUGCUCUUCCACUUCACUUACCUCACAGGCUGCAUCAUCGUCUUCGAGGGCGCUGCGGGGCUCUGGUCCCAGAUCCACACCUCCGACGCGACGGUUGGCCGGCGCUUUACCUCGCGCAUGGCCAUCCUCAGCAUCGAGGAGUACUUGCGGGGGACCACUCGCGAUGGCGAGCAGAUGGUGAAAAGCUACUACUGCGACUUGCUGGUCCUCGGGGUGGAGAGCUUUCGGCACCUGCCGCGGGGCUUAGGUUCGCUGGCGCCCCUGGUCUUGGCAGGCCUGGAGCACGCGGACGGGGGCUUCGGCUUCUCGCCGCUGCACGACGCCUUUCUGGUGCUCCUGGAGGAAGGCUGCGAGCGGAAAGAGGGCCUCUUGGUGGCCCAGCCGGGGCUGAGGCUGGACAAAGACGACCAGGACGGCAAGGCUUUGGCUGGCGCCUGCAGUUUCCUGAGCGGGGUCUACGGCUGGGCAGAUGACAUCCAGUCCAGGGCGGGUGUGAAGGAAGAAGACCCCGUCUUGGAGGUGGUCCACGAGGGGAACUUGGGGCCGGUGCCCUGGGCGGUCAGCGCCCCUCACCUCUGGGGCUUCCACCAGCAGGGGAAGGUGACCUUGAUGCGAGCGCCCAGGAGGGCCUUCCUUUGA